UGAGUCAUACUUUAAGGACCGCAUGAAGAAGGAAGUUAUUAACGGUUGAGUAAUUCACUCAAUACCCGAAAAGGCGCAUUUAUUUACUCAACACCUCACAACGUUACGAAAUAGUGGACGGAAUAAGUAAAUUCACCUUUGUUUAGUAUGCAGUCACCGGGAGCUACUGCAGGUCUUGUGAUCGGCUGCAUUAUCUUAGCGAUCCUAAAGAUUUUUCUGUGCUACUGGAUACAGCGAUGGAGGACAUAUUCUCAGCGACAAACAGUCGUUGUUAGAACGGAGGUCAACGUGGCAACUAACCCUCACCACGCGGGCUACAACCAACCUUUGGAGCAAGCCCGACCCCUAUCCACCCCUGGUCAUGUCCCUAAUAACCCAUCUUGGAACAACAAACUGCAUGCCCCCCCUGCGGGUCAUGAACAGCCCACUGGACAAGCCCGGCCCCAAAUCACCCCAGGGUACGUGGGCAACAACCAACCAUGGGCCAACCAUGCUCAAGACGAUGCCCCUCCACCUUAUUCCUUUACUGCUUGAGUUGUUCCCAACUGGAUGCCCCUGAAGGAAACACCAACAAACGCUCAUCAGGAUGUUUCUUAAAGACAUAUUGGGUGAUUCUUAUAACGAUAUUAUUUCCACGUUGUGUUCAGACACUGCUUUUUCUUUGUUUACCUAACCAUGUUUAGCUCCCGAGCUAUAGUUGUCCUAAUUAAUAAUUAAAUUGAAAUCGCUGUAUUAGGCGCCAGUGGUU